AUGGACAUGGACCAGGCCUGUCUCAAGGGAAUGGACAGCCCGCCGCAGUCGGCAGAGGAAAAGUCCUCCAAGGACGCCGCUCAGAAGGCCAAGGGGCCUCGCAAACGGACAAAGACCGGUUGUCUCACCUGCCGCAAGAGACGCAUCAAGUGCGGCGAAGAGAAGCCCCGGUGCAACAAUUGCAUCAAAUCCAAGCGAGAGUGCGAGGGCUACGGCCAGCGAGUCGUCUUCAGACAUCCCGUCGGCCCCAUCCCCCAUCUCGGGCCUAUCCGCCAGAUCCAGGGCAUGGGAGGCAUGCCCGGCAUGCCCAUCAUGGCCGGCGCCUUCGGCCAUUCCAUGCAGCAGCACAUUGAGGCCGCCUCUGCCUCCCGGCCCGCCCUGCUGCCCAUCGCUCCUCGCCCGUCCUAUCACCACGCUCACCCGGACGACCUGUCCCGGCAUCAUCAGGCCUAUUCGUCUGCUGCAGACCCCUAUGCUGCCUCGACGCAGCAUCAUUCCGCCAUCAACCCGGACCAGCCGCCGUAUACCUGGGACUCGGUCUCGUACAGUGACGGCUCGUACAUACCGACUUCCUCCGCCGCCGCUGCCGUCUCUACUGCAGCGGCCGGCUCGGCUCAGCACUACGUCACGUCUACCUCCUCCUCCUCCGCCAGCUAUCCGCCCUCCGAAGCCCCCUAUCCGCAUCAGGAGUAUGCAUACGAGGACACCACUGCCUGGGAAGACGCAGCCCAGCUGCAGCCCUAUGAAGCAGCGGCGGUAUAUCAGGCCCAGCUCUCACUCCAAGUAUGCUCUCCCCUAUCCUCCCCUCCUUUUCCUUUAUUUUCAUUCUCUUCGAAUGUUCGGCAUGAUCAUGUUUCUACUACUACUUCUACUUCUACUUCUACUUCUAUUACUACUACUUACACUGCUGCUGCUGCUUGCUCUGCUUCUUCUGCUACACUGGUGCCCAAGUUGGAGUCAAAGGAGGCCCUUCUGUUUCCCCCUGCCCCUGAUGCUAAUGAUGCCCCCAAUCAAUGCCGCCAGCAGCAUAGCCUGGUGAUGCAUGAUGUUGGAGAAGAGAGUGAUGACUAUUUUGAUGUCGAGUCAGACGAGGAGCUGGAAGAUCAGUUUUCUGCUCCCUCUGCUGCCACUACUACUGCUGCUGCUGCUGCUGCUACAGCUGCUGGUACUGCCUGCUAUGCAGUGCCAGGCAAAGGCAGCCUCUACUACCCUUCCUCUGCUCUCGCAGUAUCUAAUCCGCCCUUUGCGAGUUAUAUGAAUUAUGAUAAUUUAUUGGCCACAUACCGCCCGUCUCCCUUAACUUCGCCCCUUAUCGACCCUGAGGUCGCCAAACUGUUCUCCCACUUCAUAGGCUCCAUCGGGACCAUCAUAUCCAUCUUCGAGCGCAAGCACAGUAUCGCCCCUUUGCUCAGCUUCUCUCUCCUGCCGACCGAGCAGCAGAGCCUGUUCACCUAUACCCUGCCGACCCUGGCGCUCGAGAACCACGGCCUGCUGCACUCCAUCCUGGCCCUGAGCAGCGUUCACCUCGCCUACACCACCGGUCAGUCCUCGACGGCCGCAUUCAGACACUACCACUUUGCCCUGCGGCGCAUCAGCAAGGCCGUCGGCCUGCCGCACAGGAGGAAGCAGAUCCCGACUCUCGCAGCGACCUUGCUGCUCGGCUUCUUCGAAGUCCUCGCCGCCGAGCACUCGAAGUGGUGCAGCCAUGUCGCGGGAGCAUCGCAGCUGAUCCGGGAGAUCGACUUUGCCAGCAUGACCAGACGCAUUCGAGCGAUGAGAGCGCGGGCGAGGAAGCAGAAAUCCGUGGCCGGCGAGAGGUCGUGGACUCGCGCGGGCGAUUUCAGGCUGGACACGUUCUUCGAGAACGACAUCUAUGCGCCGAUCGAGCGGGAGAUCGACGUCGAUCUCGUCAGUGCGAUCAUGGGCAGAGACGCCGACUAUGAUGCGCUGCCCGCUGAGCCCGCAGUUGAUCAGCCGCUCACGGCGAAGGAUAUCGAGGAUCACCGCAUCCGGACGGACCUCUACUGGCACUAUUGCAAGCAGGAUCUCUUCCAGAGCCUCAUCAGCGGCAACCCCUUACUGCUCCCGUACGAGAAAUGGGCACAGACUCCUCCUCGCUCGGCCGUUGGCAGGAUUCAGACAGCCUACGGGACGAUGGACCAUCUGCUGCUGCUGCUCGCUCGCAUCUCAGCCUUUGGCGUCAGGGACAGGAAGCGCAAACUCAAGGCCAUGGAGAAAAACGGGGGGGAAUGGCGUCCGCCUCCCAGCAUGUUCCCUCCUCCUGCCACUGCCCCUGACGGCCCGCCGUCCAGGCCCAAGCCAGCAUCAGCACCACCGCCAGCACCGCCGCCAGCAGGACCACCAGGGCCGGCAUCAGGAGCCAGAGGACAGGCAGCAAAUCAGGGCAAGAGCCCGCCCAUGUACGGGAUGCUGCCAGCGGGCCCCGUCAAGCUUUUCUCGGGAUUCGCAGCUGCGCCGGGCGCUGGGCCGACACAGCAGACAGCGGCGUCUCCCAGCACCGCCAGCAGCAGCGACGAGACUGAUCUAGACAUCCGCACGGCGCAAGCAGAGGCCGAGUGGCAAGACAUCCUCGCUGCCUGCGAGCGUUUUGAACAGGCCAUGGGUCCGGCCUUUGCUCCGUUGCCCCCGGACGGCGCACCUCUGAUCACAAGCCCGUUUGGCCCUGCAUUGCAGUACCGCACCCACAUCAUUGGCUGCAUCUGGGGGCUCUACUAUAUGGGCCGUAUUAUCCUCCAUCGCUUCCACCCUUCCAUGCCUCCCGCUGCCACCAUGGCCGCCGUCGUGGCCGCCCCGACGACAGCCCAGUAUGCGCAAAACAUCGGUCGUGUGGCUGCCGGGAUCCCCUACGACCACCGCCUCAGCAGCACCAGCAGCGCCAGCAGCUAUGCGCAUCCUUCUUCUUCUUCUUUUUCAUCUUCUUGCCCGCCUGCGGGUGCCAGCUCGAAUCUAAACGUUACCAUCGCCGGGGUGCUGCACGAGCUCACCGUCUGUCUCUUCUUCGCGGCCGUGCAGUACGUCGAUCCAGCGCAGCGAGCCUGGACGGUGGCGAUGCUACGUGACAUAUCGAUUAUCACCGGCAGCAAGUCCCCGAUCGCCAUUGCCCGGGGCUGCGAGACCUCCUGGAUCAAGGCUGCUGAGGCCGGUCGAGGCCCGCCGCACCAGCGCAUGGUCUUUGACUUUGACCCCAGCGACGUGUGCAGUCGUGAGGGCGUUGUUCCAGACCACGGCGACGAUAGACGCUGGACCGCUGUCCAUCGUGGCAGCUCGAUUUCAUGGGCCAUGGGCUUGCUGUCGAUUGACGGUGACUAUGCCGUGGCUGAGGAUAGGCACAACAGGGGCAGCCCGUCGACUUCUACUACGUGA